AUGGCCCCUAAGAAGAAGCCCGCGCAAGUCAAGGCCAAGGCCAAAAAGGUCGUCACGAAGGCAGCAGUGAAGGUGAAGCGCAAGCCUGCGGCGAGCAAGGCAGCAAGCAAGGCCCGGAAGGUGGUGGCCCCAACGAAGCCCAUCCGAAUCGGUUUUCUGAUUGGCAAGGACACAGACUUGGUGGAAGAUCCGAAGUAUGUCGGUGAUGCCUCGUUCAUGGCUGACAUGCCAGACAAGUACCGCGUCGACCCUGAGAGCAAGGAGUAUCUGAAGAACUGUGAAGCUGGCGUCAAAGGAUUUGCUCAUGCAGAUGUCGCGAUUCCUUGGUACAUUCACAAGAAGUACGGUGGUGAUGUAAAGGUUGACAUGAUCUUCCCGGAGGAGAUCACGCUGAAGCGAUUGAAAUCUAACAUGUGCAACUACAUCAUCGGGUACGAUGUCAUCAACUCCAUUUUCGAGGGUCCAAAGAGGUACAAAAAGGUAACGAAGGUAUUUACCGAAUGUGGCAAUCUAAUGCCAAGCUGGGAAGUCCAGGACUUUAUCUACAUCAAGUCUCGCUACAUGCAGGCUUGCAUGGAUGCUGGGAUACCCAUGGCACCGACGAUUUUCGCCAAGAAGAACAAGCGAAGCCCAGCUAAGCUGCUGGCAGAGAUCAAAGCGCGAGGUUGGCAGACGUUUGUGAUGAAGCAAUCCAUGAUGGCUUUCUCUCUUGGCUUUUGCAAGCUGAAGGUCGAGGAUUGCGAAAAGGAUCCCAGCAUUCUCAAGAACUAUUUCCGGGACUACGCAGAAUGUCCUGAGUAUGUCGUGCAAGAGGCCAUCGAAGGCUUCACCAGGAAUUGGGAGACCAGGGUCUUCUGGUUCAACGGCAAAUUCCUUUAUGCAAUCGCGAACAAGGCGGCAGUCUCCACUGAAGACGGCCAAGAGGUGAUAAUCACGGGAGACGACAUCCCCUCCGAAUUCCUGGAGAAUGCGAAGCGAAUAGGUGAGCAGGCACUCAAGAUCUUGCCACAGCUGUGCACUCCCUCAGGACAGCCCGUUGACAUGACGCUGAUUCGCACUGAUGUCGGCUGUUCAGACAGCCCGGUACAUGACAAGCACACAAAGUGGGAUCCCAACGGGCGGACGUUUUUCUUGAACGAGAUUGAGUAUGGCGGGACCACCUACUUCAUCCGACAUCUCAAGGAGGAUGUGCGAAGCGGCAGCCUAGCGAGCUUAGCAGUGCCUUCCGCACUUAGCCAAGUUUCACAAGUACCUCGCAACCAUUUGAGAAGGCAGUCGAAGCAGGGCAACUUCCGGAAGGCAUGGGCACCUGGACUAGAUUCCUUGACAGAGGGGCGCUUCAUUGCCGGCUUCCAAGUAUACUUAGCUCAUAGAGAGCAGUGGUUUGAACAAUGGUGGCUGGCGAAGAGUGGCGGAACGUCUGCUAGACCACCGAGCCAUCGAUUGAUGAGUGAGCUUCGAAAGGAUGAUGAAACGGUGGGCUUCGAUCAAUUCCGCGAAUUUUGUGGCAGCUUGGCUGAGGAAUCGAACUACGUGCCACCUCCUGCUUCAUUCCUGCGAUCAGUUUGGCAGGAUUCUGGACAAACAUAUGUGGAUCGGCUUCCAGAUGCUGCGUACGAUGCACUUGUGGAUGCAUACGCUAGCCACUGGCGCUUUUGGUUGGAGGACUGGAUAGCAGAGCGCGAGGUCUCGAGCAUGCCGGCAAAGCAGGAGGACAGUGAAGAGGUGAAAGCCGCCGUUACAGUCCAACGCCAUUUCCGUGCCUACAAAGCUCGCAGGAGGGUUGACAAGAAAAAGUCUGAGGUACUCCUCUCGGAUUUGGUUCAGACCAUGUCGAACAAGGCAGCAGCAGCAAAGCUUUUCGAAAGGUUUGACAGCGGGAGGAAGGACUUCUGGACAGCGGAGGACAUGGCACGCUUUUGUGCCGAACUCUGGCAACAACAAGACAAUGCGCCGCCUCCUCCAGCAGCUUUUGGAGCAGAUGCAAUGAAGAAGGUGCGGGCACUUGCUGGAACUCGACCCAAGAAAGUGCUGGCGAAAAUGAGCGAAGAGGAGGAGGUAUUUCUCACUAGAGAAGAGUUCAGACGUGGUUUGUUGACAUGGAAUGACAGACGUCACCGACAGCUGAAGAAGUGGGAGCGUGCUCGGUACUGUGAGGUGUAUGCCUGUCCAUGUUGCCGGGGUCGCUUUCGUGUCGUUGCAGUUCCUGUUCCAUCUGAAGGCUACAGCCUCGAGAUCGCAAAAGUGAUAGAUGAGGGAAUGGUGCAAGGGGUCACUUCUCUGACCGGCGUGAAGGAUCCUCCGCGCUUCCCGCUGCCGGGGCGCUUAGCUGCUCCUGGCAGUGCAGCCAGGAAGCUUCCGCACCCGAGCGAGGUGGCAUUCCUGCACAGCGAAGUGUCCAAGGCGGUCGCAGCAGGGGCUGCCUUGUGUGUUUUGCCACCGGGCUGUGCGCGGCCGGCCUUAGCAGGGCGGCUUCUACUCGAAGCGGCAGUUGCUGGAGCUAGUCGUGGAGCGCCGGUCCUGCUGCUUGCUCAAGAUGGCGAGAUGGAUGCUGUUCAGCUUUGGAUCCAAUCCGCAUCUCCUGGCUGUCCCGUGACAAGGUUUUCACCGCAAGAGCCAAGCCGCUGGCAGGAAUCGAUUUGCAAGGUUUCUGGAAAAGAGAUACCUCGGCUGCUGAUGGCCACUCCUCAGUUGUUCCAGGGCCUGGUCUUGGAGAAAAAAGCAUCUGCCAAAGAUGUGGACUUCGUUCUCAUGAGCUGCUCCCAGGAUGAGGUCCCUUUGCUGAAGGAGUGCGAGCUGGAGGAAGCUCCUUUCACCAUCGAAAGCCCCAGGCCGCGGCUGGUUUGUCUCCUGGACUCCACGAGCCAAACCCACGAGGCUUUGUUGCAACACCUGGAAGCCCUUGAGGAGGCCAAGGGGCACAUGUCCUCAGCCUUGAAGCAUUUAGAGGUGGCGCGGUCUCUCCAUGGCCAACCUGGCGGCUUCGCGCAGGCCAGCCUGGAAGACUUCAGCCGACGUGUUGCCCGCUUUCCAACUGCAGCCCGGCCAACAGACAUUGACCCGGAAGACGUGCCAGAGGCGCUCCCUUUGGGCUUCACAGGGCCUUUGCAGAAGCUGAAACGACGGCCAGUCGUACCAGCCUUCCAGGACAACCUCUCGAGUGAGAGCGAGACUCCCUCCUCAUCUGCUUCCCCAUCUAAGGCUGCCGCAGGCAAGCCUCCAGAUCCAGGAACAGCAAGACCGCUGGCGCCGGCACCGUCGACUGCACCAAAAGCGAAGGCAGCGCCACAAAGCUUCUUCUAG